CACUAUGCGCCCUCCUCUGCUCCGCCAAACGGCCUGCAGUUCUAGGAAGACCUGGCUUCCGGGAAGGGCUGGGACGGGGCGGGCGGAAGAUUAGCGGCGACUCGCCCCGCCCCACCGGCCCGCCCCCCUCCCUGGCCCUCUGCACCUCUCCUCUCAGUCCCCGCCCGCCGCAGUGCGCCCCAGGACCCUGAUCUGCUUGCUCUGCGCCCAUUGCUCACUCUGCCGCGGUACCGCCAAGCCCUCGAGAGCCGCCGCUGCGUCGGGACAUGGUCCUCUGCGUCCACGGAUCUAGUCCUUUGCUGGCUGUGGAACAGAUUGGGCAGCGGCCACUGUGGGCCCAGAGCCUAGAGCUGUCAGAGCCAACCAUGCAGCCUUUGCCUGCUGGGGUCUUCCUGGAAGAGGUAGCAGAAGAGAGCCCUAUCCAACCAGAGAGUGAGCCAAAGGUGCUGGACCCUGAAGAGGACCUGCUGUGUAUAGCCAAGACUUUCAACUAUCUUCGAGAAUCUGGCUGGUACUGGGGCUCCAUUACAGCCAGUGAGGCCCGGCAACACCUGCAGAAGAUGCCAGAGGGCACAUUCCUAGUACGAGACAGUACCCACCCCAGCUACCUGUUCACACUGUCAGUCAAAACCACCCGUGGCCCCACCAAUGUGCGCAUCGAGUACGCUGACUCCAGCUUCCGCCUGGAUUCCAACUGCUUGUCUAGGCCUCGUAUCCUGGCCUUCCCAGAUGUAGUCAGCCUUGUGCAGCAUUAUGUGGCCUCCUGUGCUGCUGAUACCCGGAAUGACAGCCCUGAUCCUGCUCCUGCCCCAGCUCUGCCUAUGCCUAAAGAAAAUGUGCCUGGUGACCCAGCACAGCCUGCCUCUGCAGCCACUGCUGUACACCUGAAACUGGUGCAGCCCUUUGUGCGCAGGAACAGUACCCGCAGUCUACAGCACCUGUGCCGCCUUGUCAUCAACCGUCUGGUGACCAAUGUGGACUGCCUGCCACUGCCCCGGCGCAUGACUGACUACCUCCGACAGUACCCCUUCCAGCUCUGACUGGGCCUGCUACUUUGCCCAGCAUCAUGCAGCCACAUUCUAGAGGGGACACAGGGUCCUGCUGGACUUCAGCCCUGCUAGCCCUCCUUCAGUCAUUAUGGUGCCUAACAUGCAUCUGGUAGCUGGACCAGGAAGAGCUGACAAGAAGGCUUGGGGGUAAAGGGAGGUGUUACAUGGUUUAUGGCUCCAUUGUUGUGAGCCAAGUAUCAGCGGAUAGGGAGACAGGCAGGACCUUGUCUCACCCUACAAGAUAGGCCUAGGCCUUCACUCAUCUGCCUGCCCCAGCCUUCUAAUUGUGUAGACUUUCCCAGCCCUGGUUUCUCACUCCGUAGGGUGGGGCAGGCCUCCUAUCUCCAGCCAGCCUCAGUAGCUAGGAAAAAGGUGGCCAGAGGAACUGAGGUUGACAGUGAAAGCCUUCCUAUUGAGGAGUGGGUCAGGCUGGGGGACACAGUUUUACAGUAUUUAUUUAUUUAUUCUCAUUGGGGUCGAUCUCAGAUGAUCCACCCUACCUGUCUGCCCUGAGCCCUUGGUUGUCCAGAGAUAACUCUAUACCAACUUUUCUGGUUCUUCCCCAUGGAAAGUCCCAUCCUGAGAUAUGUUACUGGGCCCAAGACAGUCCUGGAUGUCUUGGCAUGGCCCCACCUGCACAUGAACGUGUGUACUCUCUUCUGUCCCCAUCUUUGUGUUGAGAGGGCGGUUGAAUAGACAAGAAAAUAGAGCCAGGGUCUCAGGUCCUGACAGAACCUGGAGCUCACCCCUUGCAGGGCUGGGCUGGAGCUGCACAGCAGCGCCCUAAGCCUAGAGAGCUGCGUGUUGUGUCAGGAAGGGACAUUGGCUGGAGGGCUACUGCUGCACCCAGGAAGGUGCCUACAUGUGAGAGCGGGGGAGAAAUACAUAGCUGAUAAGACUUUAUGAAGUAAGUAUUGUAACUCAAAAACCAGUUUGGUAGUCUUUUUUUCUUCCACUGAUUUUUCUGUAAUGAUAAUAAAAUUACACUUUUCAUUUAUGGAGCCAUUAGUGGGCCUCUUUUGAGUUCUGUACACAGUUUGUCCCCUUCGGUUCUGUUAUCUUGAGCCUCCAUUUCACAUGCAGACAAGCCAAGGCCCAGAGACCUUCUGUGUCUGAGCAGUCCCUACAGAGGGAUACAUUGAGGGGUGGAAAAGUCAAGGAGCAGCUGUUCUCUCUCAUUCCCCCUUGUUCAGCCUAAGAAAGUGAGAGACUGGAAGUGAGGCCCAUUGGGCUGCUUACGAGGUCACUACAAACUACUGUGGAGUGGGUGGGGAAGGGAGAUGGCAGGAGAGCCCAGAGGCUGAACUGUGCAAACAGGAAGUGCCCAUUUAGAAUGGAGUAGAGACCAGUGGAAGUGUGUUGUGGCCCACUCUGGGGAGCAGUGCUCUUCAGAAGAGGGAGCCAGUAGGCCCAGAACUCAGAGCCGGUCUGGCAGACAAAGUACAGUGAAUGCAAAGGCAGCAAGGGAUGACUGGGGCCCUGUUUUCUUGAUAGAAGGAGCCCUGGGGCAGAAAGUAUCAAGGUUCUGGCCUGGAACCUUCAACUCUCACUCAGUCUUACAUACCAGAAAUGGGUGGAAGAACAAAUACAAUGAAAAUAUCUUCUGGUAUUUGAUGACUUUGGAACACUUAGGCUGCUGAGACUCCGCCGUGUCCUGAAAUUUUCUGUACCUUGGCACUGAGAUCCUCACAGGAAAGUUUCUUGGAACCUUGUUCAUAGCCUUCAGCCCUUAUUUUCUAAACAAUUCUUAUAUUCUGUCUUGUUAGCCCUUGGACCAUUGGAAGUUACAGAUUAGAAGAGGCACAUGUGCUGAUAGUUUGAGAGUAGGAAAGACUAAGGAGUGAAGUGUUGAUGGGGAGGAGGCAGAAAAAAAGAUAAUAAGAACUGUGAGGGCAGGAGCACAGAAAUGAUUACCACAAAGAAUACGAAACCAUUGGAUAAGAGUGAGCAGGAGAUGGGCAAGGGAGGCAGGGCUCUAUUACUGCAAGGAUGCCCUUGCUCAGAGGUCCAGCCUGGCCCCUCUGCUGUUGUUGGUUAUAGCUUGUACCCUUGGUUGGCCCAACAGUGCCCUUGCUCCAGGAUAUAAUGGCCCCUCCCAAAAGUACCACCGUCUCUGAACUCUGCAACCUAGAUCUCAGCCCCUUUGUGGCUCCCAAAAUGACCCUGAGAUCUGAGUCACCUAGCAGGCAGGGAGUGGACAUGGAAGGGCCAGAGGCAAGCUAUUAGCCCUCAGAGUGCUACAGUGAGACAGAAAGCUGUGAGGCAUAAGGAAGUACAGCAAGCCUCACCAUCCACAGGGGGACAGCUCCAGGAGCUUGUUAGGUACAAGAACAGGGAGAGGAGUUUGCUCUUCAUGUAUCACUCACCACAUAGAGAGGAGUGCAAAUGCUACCAGCACUCUGUAGAGGAAGAAACUGAAGCUCAGUGGGGCAAGGGGUUGGCCAUGGCAGCCUUGACACCAUCCAGCCCUAGACAGAAAUGAGGUGGGAGCACCGACAGCUUCCAGGCAAAUUGCUCUUGGAUUCUGUCCCCUGUCCCCACUGCCUACUGGGCUUUGGAGCCACUGGCCUGACAAAGCAGGUUACUGUCCUCUUCACCUCUACCUUAGCUCAAGCCAAGUCCUGCUCUUUCCUAGGAACCAGCUGUCAGCUUCUUUUGAUUCCCUAAAUUUUUUUGGUUCAGUCUUUUUGUUUGCCUACCAGCAGAGCAAAUGAUACCGGUCUUGAACAAAGGGCAUAAGAUGACAAUAAGAGACAAUGGAAGACAUGACCUAGACCGCAGAUCCAAGUCUGACACCCAGCCUAACAUACUGAAAUCCUGGCCAACACAACUAGCUAAUAAAAGGAGUGCACCCAGCUGGCACCAGCUGGAGAAAAAGGAGCAAGCCACCAGGGGAGUGCCCCUCACUCCCUAGCUUGUGUGGAGGUGCACAAGCUCCUCCGACACUACCUGGGCCAGGC